AUGGUCACCACCAACGGGACCUUGCCUCUUGAUGGGGACAGUUCUUCCGAAAACCCUCAGCCCGCGCCCCCCGCCGAGUCACAAGCAGUUGAAGAUCUAUCUGAACAUUUUGACUUGACGUCGCUCUCUCCUUCCACCCUUGCCAUCCAUGCCGACGACCCUCUCAACGUGGUCCACGACGUCGCCCCUCCUAUUCACGUCUCCACGACCUUUCGUUAUGACAAGGACCCUGCGCAACUGCGCCCAUAUCAUGAAAGAUCGGAACCUAUCUUUGAGCCUACAGAACACAACUACUCCCGCCAUACGACACCCAGUACAUCACGCUUGGAGACGAUCCUAGGUGUGCUGCUGAAGAACCCUUGCUUGACAUAUUCUUCUGGGCUCGCUGCAUUCAAUGCACUGAUCACGUUUCUGAACCCAAAGAGAGUGGCUAUUGGCGCAGGAUACCAUGGAUGCCAUGGGGUGUUGAGACUCCACCAGAGGCUUUCUGGGCUGCAGCUCCUGCCGCUGGACUGCAAACCUGAAGAUUUGCAGGAGGGGGACCUUUUGCAUCUGGAAACACCAGUCAAUCCGACAGGGUUGGCCUUUGAUAUACAGCAUUACGCGGACAUUGCGCAUUCACGAGGUGCAUACCUCAGCGUAGACUCCACGUUUGCGCCGCCGCCCCUACAGGAUCCCUUCAAGCACGGUGCGGAUAUCGUCAUGCAUUCAGGGACAAAGUACUUUGGUGGCCACUCCGAUUUACUGUGUGGCGUCUUGGCUGUGAAACAGAAGGAGUGGAUACCCAAGAUGUUGCAGGAUCGAGUGUAUCUGGGCUCCGUGAUGGGCGGUUUGGAAGGUUGGCUUGGUGUAAGGAGUAUUCGAACCCUCGAACUCCGAGUCAUGAAGCAGAGUGAAUCGGCGAGAAGGAUAGUUGAUGCCCUUGACGGCGCUCUGACGGGUCACACUGUCGGCACAGGCCUGUCUCUCUCUGACGCGGAGAUCAUUAAGUCCGUCGUCAAAAAGGUGGAUCAUGCGAGUCUGCAAACCAAGGAUUACAAGACUUGGCUGAAGAAACAAAUGCCCAACGGCUAUGGCCCGGUAUUUUCUAUCGUUUUGAAAUCGCAGGAGUUCGCAAGGGCAUUGCCUAGCAAGCUCCAUCUCUUCCAUCACGCGACCAGUUUAGGCGGGAUCGAGAGCUUGAUUGAAUGGAGGACAAUGACCGAUUCAACGGUGGAAAAGGAUCUCCUGAGGGUCAGCAUCGGCAUUGAAGACGAAAAGGACCUGCUCGAUGACCUGAUCCAGGGUUUCAAGGCGCUGACCGCAGUCAACGGGACAUCUAGCUAG